CACAUCUUUUCCUCACGAGUAGUUGUGAAUUGGCACUUUAUGUCAAAUUCUUCAAACAUUUGUGUUUUUUCAUAAAAUUUCCAAAAAGGGAAAAGAAGUGUUUUAUUUAUUGUUGCCGGAAAAUUCGGAGUAAUAAUUUAAAAAACGGUUAAGAAACAUCUGCAAUUGAUUAAAAAAACUUUACAUAGACAUGUCUUACAAGGCGCGCGCGAACUAAAUAAGUUUAACAAAAGAAAGAAAUCUAUGUUUAGCUGCUGAUUUUAUAAAAUGUGCUCAGGUGUUCGAAAUAUCUGGUAUAUCUAUGCUACAGUAUUCCACGUUCUGUUACUUGGUUCAAUAUUUGUAAUAUAUUUUCGUUCACCGGUAAUAGAAGGUUUGAAACCGCAACAGUUUUUACAUCGAGAAGCUCCUGCAAAGCGACUAGUAUUAAUAAUAGCGGAUGGUUUAAGGGCGCAAUCGUUCUUUUACGAAAACCUGGCAAAUGUGCCGAAUUUGCGUCAGUUAAUUAAAGAACAACAAGGUUUAUUGGGAAUUUCACAUACGCGAGUACCAACCGAAUCUCGACCCGGACAUAUUGCCUUAAUAGCAGGUUUUUACGAAGAUCCUUCUGCGGUAACGCGUGGCUGGAAAGAGAAUCCUGUUGAAUUUGAUACAAUCUUCCAGCACGCUCGUCGAACAUAUGCAUGGGGUUCUCAUGAUAUCUUGCGCAUAUUCAACAAAUCGUCACAAAGGGAUGUAGAAGGACGUUUAACGUUCGACGCUUAUAACCAUGAAUUGAAUUUUUGGGGCAAGGUUAAAAGUUAUGAGCUAGAUAAUUGGGUGUUCUCACGUGUAGAGGAUUUUCUGAAACGUGAACGAAAAAUUUUACAAAAGGUUGAUAAAGUUUACUUUUUCUUGCAUUUGUUGGGCUUGGACACAGCUGGUCAUAUUCAUAAACCGCAGACUGCUUUAUAUUUGGAAAAUCUUUUCAUAACAGAGGCUGGUAUAUGCAAAAUUUACCGGUUAUUUGAACAAAUCUUUCAAGACCAUAAAACAGCUUACAUAUUCACCUCAGACCAUGGCAUGACUGAUUCAGGAUCGCACGGUGCCGCCCAACCGCACGAGACUGAAACCCCAUUUUACAUGUGGGGGGCUGGAAUUAACUCAAGACCGUACAAUACGGCAAAAUAUAUAAAAUUGGACUAUAACACUGCAAUGCCUUUAUAUGAAAUUGAGCAAGCCCAAAUGGCACCUUUAAUGUCGGCCCUGCUUGGUUUACCGCCGCCUGUGAAUAAUUUGGGCAUAUUACCGCGAUAUUUCCUAAAUGCAAGUGAAGAGUACAUCGCACGAGCUGCUGAAUGCAAUGCUUAUCAACUGUUAGAACAAUAUACGCACCUUUUGAAAAAGCACAAAGAUGGAAUCCUAAGUUUUCUCUUGCCCGAAUACGAGGCAUUGUCCUGGCCUAGUAUUAAUGAGAUGAAGUUGCACUUGAAACAAGCGCAUUUUGUGGAAGAUUAUCAAACCUUCACGAAUAUAAGUUACAAUCUAAUGGAAAUGACACUAGAGGGUAUUGGUUAUUAUCAGAGUUACUACAGUAUGCCGCUGCUCUUAGCAACAACAGUUGCCAUGCUAAGCUGGUUAAAGUAUUUAUUCAACUUGUUAAAUUUGAAGAAAAUGAAUAGCUUGGAAAGUGUAGAAUUCAAGAGUAAGGUUAAAAGGACAAGAUUUAAAUUGUUGAUGAUUCUUCUUCUGGCUCUUAUCGGGUUCUGUAUUUUGCAAAAAUUGUCGUGGCAAGUGAGUUUCUACCUUUUAUUACCGAUUCCUGUAAUGACUUUAGCUUUGAGAAACGAGACUCAAGGACCGACACCUUUAACUUUUGGGUGGACACUAAUGUACUUUAUAUGUAUCGAGAUUUUAAUAUUUAGUUUUUUUUCCAGAAAGUUAAUAUCACUUGGAUUUUUGCUACAUGCUGCUUUAUCCGAAAACAAUGGCAAAACAACCACGUGGAAGUUUUAUAUUAAAACAAUAAUGAUUUUAGUUUUAGCUGUAUUCCCCUUGCUGACACCUUCUGUAGGUUAUACUGACAAUCGACUUUUUUUAUUAGGUUUCCUUUUUACCAUUUCAAGGUCUAUAUUAGUUAAAUGCAAAUUAACUUUAGCCGACAAAUUAGCUGCUGGUAUAGCGCUACUUAAUUCAAUCUUUUGCGUUCAUAAUCACGUCAAUAAUCAGGAACUUCCUGGUGUUUGUCAAUUCCUUUCCUGGUCUUAUUUCGUUUACGUUUUUGUAGCCAUUUGUUUUAGACCUUUUUCUUCCAAGAAACAACUUUUAGAGCGUAUUUUAUUCUUAAUGACAACUCUCUACAGCAUGCUGUGCACUUCCUAUGAAUCGCAUUUCAUUUUAUUUUUAAUUACUGUAAUAAUUUUGUCUACUGAGCCUAUGCGACUAUCGCGUCCACUAAUUACAGGGUGUGCAAGUAAAUUUCAUUUUUAUGAGUGCUUUCGUCUAUCUUUUGCAAUAAUUCUUUACACAUUUUUUUCUUUCUUCGGUACCGGUAAUAUUGCAUCUAUUAGUUCCUUUGAUCCAAACAUAAUACGUUGCUUCUUAACUACAUUUUCACCGUUUGUAAUUAUGUUUCUUGUCAUCUUAAAACUGUCCAUACCGGUAUUCCUAAUCAUUUGCAUAAUCUUUGCAUUAUCGUCAUUUGCUAUUGAGUAUGAAGAACAGAUUUUUAUAUGUUUGCUAAUGAUCUGCAAUAUUAUGGCACUACAUUUUCUCUACAUGGUACGAAAUCGUGGGUCGUGGUUAGAAAUCGGCGCGUCAAUAUCACAUUUUGUUAUAAUGCAAGUGACUACAUUAAUUUUGGUUAUAUUUACUUAUGCAUCUAAGAUACUGUUGAGUAGAUCGAAAAAUUUGACGGACAUUACUACACAAAAUCCUACUAAAAUGAAUUGAAAAGUCGGGCCAGAUAACUUUCUUAGAAAUAUCAUGUGCAUAAUAAAUAUAUCUUAAACA